CACUUGUGAACAUUCCCUUGAACUCAUCUAAGUUACUUAAGUUCAUUCCGGUCAGCUAUCAGUGUGUUCUGUGUGUGAGAAACCCAUCCGGAAGUGAGAAUAGCAAAACUACCGUUUCGUCCAAGAUCACCCUUUUGGUAGAUUACCAUCUCAUCGCCCCACGUUACCACCAGACGUAGGUCGUAGGAUCAACACCCCCAUGAACAGUGGCUGUCUUCUGCCACUGUUAUCGCCAGCAUCACUACGACCACCACGACAGUCACCCCUCGGCUGGUACGGCGGACCUUGCUGUGCUAGCAGCCGUGCAGUCCUCCAUCACAAUGAAACAAAAUGCCGUGCACCUGAGCUGCUAGGACCCGCAUCAGGUGGCCUUGCCAGAGUCCGAAAGCGACACGAUGGCGCAGAGCAACCCCAAACAUCGUUGCGGCUCCGCCCGUGACAUGGUAGAUGCUGCCGCCAUUCUCAACGACCGCGGCUACCGACUUGGGCCCAAAGUGGGCAAGGGAAGCUACGCCAAGGUACGCGUGACGGAACGCAUCAGCGACAAGCAGCUCCUGGCGGUCAAGCUCAUCGACCGCUCCAAGGCCGCGCCUGACUACGUCAACAAGUUCCUGCCGCGGGAGCUGUCCAUCGCGCUGCGCCUUCAGCACCGUCACGUCAUGGCGCUGCACGAGAUCAUCCACACGCGCGACCUUGUUUGCGUCGUCAUGGAGCUGGCCGAGCGUGGCGACCUACUGGAGCAUAUCAAGCGAAACGGCGCCAUCCCAGAUUUCGACAGCAAGCGCAUGUUCAGACAGAUCAGCGAAGCCGUGCGCUACCUGCACGACCAGUACCUAUGUCACCGCGACCUCAAGUGCGAAAACGUACUCAUCCGCCGUGACCGCUCCAUCAUGCUGACCGACUUCGGGUUCGCGCGCAGCGUGGAGUCCGACGAUGACCUGAGCAAGACCUUCUGCGGCAGCGCCGCCUAUGCCUCUCCGGAGCUGCUGCGCGGCAAGGCGUACAACCCGCGCCAGAACGACAUCUGGGGCAUGGGCUGCAUCCUCUUCGUCAUGGUGACAGGCUGCAUGCCCUUCCACGACGCCAACGUCAAGAAGACGCUGCAGCGACAGCUGUCGGGUCGAGUCAUCUUCCCGCCCAGCGUGGUCGACGUCAUUCCCUCCAACUGCAAGUCGCUGAUCCACGCCAUGCUGGAGCCCAACACUGCUGUCCGCCUCAACAUCCACGCUGUCAUCUCCAGCAGGUGGCUGUCCACAGACUAACUGUUGCUGCUGCUGCAGCUCACGCGGUAGUGUCCAUCUCCUUCCGGUUUGCGUUCUAACCUCUGACCCAGGGGCUAGAGGGGUGGGAGGAGUAGGUGGAGGAUAUGGAGGAAAAGGGAAUCUAUCGUGCGAUGUGACGCAUCCGACAUGUUCAAGAAUGUCCCGAUGAGGCACGCACGGGCGUCCAAAUAAAAAAGCCGCAUCAGACCUUCUGUAGACGCUCCAUUUUUUUCCCUCCUCAGUGCUAAUCAUAGCUAUCUCAGCCCCAUACAUCCAAGACCUCCUGGGUCAAAGUAGCCGGUCUGUUCUCAGGCUGAAAACAAAUCCCCGCCAUCGGGUUGCGAGCCACGGCUAGUACAGUCUAACGACUUCCACACACACACACAGCUGAGUCACAUGACCAUUGGAUGCAUGUCAUUAUUUCCCCUCCUCACAUCAUGCUGAAACUUUUUUUUUUUUUUUUUUUUGUUUUUUUCUCUUUUGUUGUUUUCUCUUUGGUAUACGCAACGUAGUAAAGUAUUUUUUAGUUCUCACACUACCCCGGGACCUUUUUCUUUGAUUUUGUUUUCUGGCGGUAGAGGGGUGGGAUUGGGAGGGGGUCUCUGACGCUCCUGUGCCUCGCUGGCAGGUCUGAUGAUAGCUCGGCUGAAAAAUUUCUGUUAGCCGACGUCGUGCGGUGCCUCUUGAGAUUAAAACUGAAAGCCUGCAACUUUUUGGCUCCUCAUGAUUGGUUCCUGUGCCAACAUCAUUUACAGCGCUGCAGCCUGGAUUAUCUGUCGCUGCAGCAGCAGGUAAUGUGUCAUCAAGCAUCAUGUCGUCUCUUCUUAUUUUCACUUCCUAUUUAUUCUUCAGCGAUUUCUGGGUGCAAGCUUGCCCGCAAGUCCAUGUGUGUUACAUGGAUCAAUUUUUUGAAAACAGAAUUUUAGUUAUAUUGUCAAGAACUAUACAGUCGCCAUUGAGACGGCACGGGGCCAUGUUUAUUCUGAACUCAAGACAAAUAAAUUUCUUGCCACUAUCGUUUCGUCAAUUUUCAUCAUGUCAUCGCAUUAUUUCAUCUUGUAACAUCAACUCAGGGAGCUCAGCCGCUGUUCCUUCUGCUAAUGCAUUUUUGUUUGUUUAAAUAUUCGGUUAUAUA